UUUUCUUCCAUUGCGUUGAUUUAUUUUCUCUUUUAGGGCCUUUUCGUUUGCGUUUUCGCUUUCGAUUUCUUGUUCGUCCUUGCAGUCUGCCAAUUCAUUAUCGUCUGCUGACGUAAGCACGGUUGAUUGUCCUGUUACCCCCAAUCCCGAUCGAAUAUCUUUCAACAGAGGACGAGUGAGUGACAAUGUCUACAGACCUGGCAACCACAACUAACACUGAUACGAUUCCUACUACCGCCUCUACCAACACGACGACCGCAACGAACAAGACGACGAGCAUAAGCGAUGGAGCCAGCGAUGCAAUUGUAACAACAGACCCCGAGCGCAGCUCCAAAAAGCAUGUGCUAGAGGAAGACGGCGACCAUGCCGCCAAUGGCAGCGGCAGUGGCAGCACUGCCACCGAAGACGAACCUCUGGAGAAAAAGCUCAAGACAGAUAGCGAAUCGGCAGCCAGCAAGGAAGACACGGGUGUCGGUUCUGCAGCGGCUCCUCAGAGCUCGCAGGGCGGCAAGACCACGACCACGGAUCCUUCCGCUCCUCCAAUGGUACCUGCCCCUAAACCUCCUUCUGAGCCAGAUAUGAACAAUCUACCCGAAAAUCCUCUGCCUCCCCACCAGAAAAAAUACGCCCUGAACUCAAUCAAGGCCAUAAAAAGGUUAAAGGAUGCAGGACCCUUCUUGCAUCCUGUUGAUAUAGUUAAACUAAAUAUACCUUUCUACUAUAAUUUCAUCAAGAGGCCAAUGGAUUUGUCGACAAUUGAGAAAAAGAUCAACGCCAAUGCGUAUGAAGCCCCUAGCCAAUUGGUUGCCGACUUCAACUUGAUGGUGGAAAACUGCUUCAAAUUCAAUGGCAAAGAUUCAGUAAUUUCCCAAAUGGUUCGUAAUAUCCAAGCAAGUUUCGAGAAACACACACUCAAUAUGCCUCCAAGAGACCUACCUGCAACAACGAAUAGCGGUAGAGCUUCGACUGGCGGUAAAUCGACCCGUAGGAAAGCUACAAAUGGCACAGCUGCUGCAAACGGUAGUGCUGAUGUUCCAAAGAUCAGAAGGGAGGUAUCCAGCUUCGAUAACGGUCGUCCAAAGAGAGAAAUCCAUCCUCCCAAACCUAAAGAUAUGCCUUACGAUAUUAGGCCUAAGAAGAAAAAGUACCAACCUGAACUUAGAUACUGUCAGCAAAUCAUGAAAGAGUUCCUUUCCAAGAAAUACGAAAACAUAUCAUGGCCAUUCUUAGAGCCUGUCGAUCCAGUGUCGAUGGACUGUCCUACAUAUUUCGACAUCAUCAAGACCCCUAUGGAUUUGGGAACGAUACAAAAUAAGCUGACGAAUGGUGAUUACGAAACCGCCAGCGAUUUUGAGAAAGACAUCAGAUUGGUCUUCACGAAUUGUUUCACCUUCAAUCCUGAAGGCACGGCCGUCAAUAUGAUGGGGCACAGACUCGAAGCUAUCUUCAACGAGAAAUGGUCCAAGAGGCCGCAUACUCCAGUGUCACCUUCUGGUAGUGAUGACGAAGACGAAGACGACGAAGAAGAGGAGGAGGAGUUUAACGUUGACAUGAACUCAAUCACCGACCCAACCAUCGAAUUCUUACUGGCCAAUAUCGAAAGAAUGACAGAAGAUCUACGUAAAAUGCGUCAAGAAAAGUACGAUCAGUUGAAGAAGGAAUGGAUGAAGAAACGCCUACAGAAGCGCAGCAAGAGAGGAAAGAGAAACGGCAAGAAGUCCGGCAAGAAGGGCAAGGGUGACGGUGAUUUGAAUGAUAACUUUGAUGAAGAUUCAUUCUAUCCAAAACAUGUCACCUACGAGAUGAAGAAAGAAAUUUCCGAGGCAAUGCAGCAUAUCAACGAGAAGAUGUUGAAGAAUGUGAUUGCCAUCAUCAAAGAAGGUGUGCCCGACCUACAGGACGACGACGAAAUCGAGCUAGAGAUGGACAUGCUGGACAACGCCACUCUUUCUAAGUUAUACCGCUAUUUGGUGGCUGGUAAGAAAAACAAGAAUAAGCGCAGCAAGAAAAACGGUCCUGACUCCGAGGAGAAAAAGAUUGAAAUGUUAAAACAGAAAUUGGCACAAUUCGAUGCAGUGGGUGCCGAUAAUAACGGCAAGGCUGACGCCAGAGGUAAUGAUAGCAGCAGUGACGAGGAUAGCGACGAAGAAAGUUCUGAAGAAGAAUGAAGAGAACCUGUAUAACUAUUGUGUAUAUGUUUCGUAUUUUGUAUAUAACGACUGAAUGUAUUGUAUAUUAGUAGAAAGAAAGAAAGAAAGAAACAGCUAGAAUUUUCGGAAA